AUGGUUUGGCAGGUGCAGAUGUUUGUCCAGAAUAGUUUGGCCAAUGGUAGAAUGAAGCCAAAACACCGGAAGGGAGUACAGAUGCGUAUCGCUUUCCCGAGCCAUGCGGGUAUCAGGAGGUCUCGGCCACUCGUGAUGCCGAUUAAGUGGAUUCCCCCGGAUGAGCCUUGGGUCAAACUCAACACGAAUGGGGCUUUCUUUGAAGAGACAAGUAAAGCGGGUGGAGGGAGGAUUGUCCAAGACCAUGCGGGUAAGGUACUUGCAGCCUUCGCCACCCCACUCGAAGCUCACUCGGCCUUUGAAGCGGAGCACUUGGUUAUCCACCAUGGCCUAGUUAUUGCCUCGGAAUUUAGACUCACAAUUUGGGUUGAAUCGGAUGCAGCUCAAACCGUCAGGCUACUCAAUGGGCCAGACUGGGGUCCGGCCCAUCUUUGUCGGAUUAUGGCACUUCUGGCCAAUCAUAAGUGUAAUUUCACCAUCCGUGCCUCGUUCAUCCACCGGGAGGGGAACAAACCAACGUACCUCGCAAAAAUGGGCCUAAAUGGAGUUGACUUCCAACGCAUGAAUGGCUGCUCUCUACCGAGACAUCUUAAAGCCAUGGCCCGGCUGGAUGAGAUGGGAGUUCCCAACCUCCGCAUUCAAGAAGAAGACUAG